AUGUUUAGUCCCUUGACUCUGGCCAUCCUGGCAAUCUGCAUCGCAGUGUCUUCCUCUCUCACCGUCGGCUGCUACCCGGAAGACUACCAGAUCGUACAGAAUGACCUCUUCGACGGCCUCUAUUCCCUCAAAAAUGACCAGAUCAGCAACCUUCAGCCCGGUACCUGCGAGCGCGUUGUCUGCAACAGCAAUGCCGCCGUUUACUGGUGCAACGACAAUGAAGAUAGACAUGCGGAGGUCAAAUCCAAGCAGGUCGGGGAUGCUGCGUGGAAAAUCAUCCAUGAUUGUGGAAUAAGCGCCCAUACCCUUAUCUACGCCGCUGGCGUGGUGGUUUACCCGACCAAGAUUAGAGUAGUGGUGAUUAAGGAUGAUGAGUGUUUGGACCAACACUAG